AUGGUAGAUCCACGACUGUAUUGUACUCAUUGUCAUGCAUGCAUGGCAACCGAUACAAACAUUUGUUCCAAAUGGGAGUUGCUAGGUCUCAGUUCGAAUGACGGAGAUGGAUAUUCUGAAUAUGCGGCCAUCAACGAGGAUAUGUGUUAUGUUCGACCCGAUUCAGAACCUCUUUCCGAGGCAGCAUUGAUCGAACAUUUAACAGUGGCUAGACAUGCAGCGAGAUCAUCGGGUUUCAAUGAUUACCAAGACAAAACGAUUCUCAUUCUUAGUGGUGGUCCUGUUGGCUUGGCCGCAAUAAUUUGCGCUGGAAGCAAAAGGCGUGGGAAGCUGAUUGUCAGCGUACCGACGACCAAACGGCCACAACAGACGGCUCAAUUUGUUGAUGCGGUGUUGGACCCGAGGAAGGAGAAAGUGUUGAAGGACGGAAUGGACGCCUUGCGCCGCGGCGGGACCUAUGUCAACUGCCGCAGGUUGGGAGGAAGACGUUUCUACACGGCGCAAGACUUCAAGGAGACGGUUGAUGAUUGGAUAGCAGGCAAGUUCAAAGGGCUUGGAGACGUGGUGACGAAAGGACUCGAGAAGCUGGUCAAUAACAAGGAUGACCACGUGAAAAUAUUGGUGACUCCGCCGGGGACCUUAUAA